GCUCUGCGCCUGUGCGCUCUCCGGUGUCAAAGCUCGGACGGGCGCUGUUUACCAAGUCGCGCAGGCCAGCUGACGGCGCAUGCGCAACCUCGGUUUCUGGGGGGCUGUGCGCGUCCGCGUCGGUCGGCGCUGGGCGCAGGGGCCGCUGGGAAGAUGGCGGGGGUGGGCUUGGCGGCCGUGGCCGCUUGGGUACCUUGUCGCAGGUGGGGCUGGGCGGCCGUCUCCUUCGGCUUCCACCGUGAUCUCAGCACGUUACUUGCACCGAAGGCCGAGCGGGCGCCACGGUGGCUCCCAGCUUGCAGACAAAAGACAUCAGUCUCUUUCCUUAGUCGACCAGACCUUCCAAACCUGGCUUAUAAGAGGCUAAAAGGCAAGAGUCCAGGAAUUAUCUUCAUCCCUGGCUAUAUUUCUAAUAUGAAUGGUACAAAAGCAUUGGCGAUUGAGGAGUUUUGCAAAUCUCUAGGUCACGCCUAUAUAAGGUUCGAUUACUCAGGAGUUGGAAAUUCAGAUGGUAACUUAGAAGAAUGCACAGUGGGAAAAUGGAGAAAAGAUGUUCUUUCUAUAAUUGAUGACUUAGCUGAAGGACCUCAGAUAUUGGUUGGAUCUAGCCUCGGUGGAUGGCUUAUGCUUCACGCUGCAAUCGCACGACCGCAGAAGGUCGUUGCUCUUAUUGGCAUAGCAACAGCUGUGGAUGGCCUGGUGACACAGUUCAAUCAGCUUCCUGUUGAGACAAAAAAGGAGAUAGAGAUGAAAGGAGUCUGGUCCAUGCCAUCAAAAUACAGUGAAGAAGGAGUUUAUCGCAUUCAGUACAGUGUCAUUAAAGAAGCUGAGCACCACUGCUUGUUACAUAGUCCUAUUCCUGUGAACUGCCCUAUAAGAUUGCUACACGGCAUGAAGGAUGACAUUGUACCAUGGCAUACGUCUGUGCAGGUUGCUGACCGAGUAGUCAGCACAGAUGUAGAUGUCAUCCUCCGAAAGAAUAGUGAUCACCGAAUGAAGGAGAAAGCAGACAUUCAGCUUCUGGUUUAUACUAUUGAUGACUUAAUUGAUAAGCUUUCAACAGUAGUUAACUAGAAUCACAGUUUUGGUUGAUAAUGUAAAGUAAUGGAUCCAGAAGAUGGAAGAGAGGUAACAGAUGAAAAACCCUGAUACUUAGGUUUUUUCUCUUAUCUCUACUUUGUAAAUAUCAUGUGAGUAUUUAUUUAAUGAUGUAUUUGCACAGGUGAUACAAAUUGUGAAGAAAGUGCCAGCCGCUGUUUGAAAAAUUUUCUCCUUCCUUCAAUCCUUGAUUUUUUUUCAUUAAAAUAUUUCCUAUUUUUUUAUUCAAGAGAUGUAUACCUUCUAAUCCUUAUGUUAACUAUGCCAGCUCUUAGAAUUGCUAAUAAAGCUUGAUUUUUUUUUUGGUUGGUAUCAUUGUAUAUGGAGAUAUGUAAAAAUUAUUUCUGAUUUUAAAAUGCAGUUCACAAGAUAUAGGAAAAUGUUUAUUGAAAUAAAUCCGAAAUGACUAGAGAAAUGUCUGAAGCAAAAUAAAGUUGA